UUCUACGUGGUGUGCCACUAGUCUCUCAGGCAGAGAAUCGAAAAGUUGGGGCAAAAUCUGAGUCAGCUCCAGCAGCUACCAGACACUCACAGCAACUCUCCUCCACAGUAGCAGGUCUCUCUCUUCAUCUCUCUUUUCUCUUCUCUCACUCAUUUACUCUCUUUCACACUCACGCACCCACACACACAUACACACACACACACCCACCAACCGUCACUCCUGUCUGAAAGAAGACAGGACCACAGGACAACUGUUAGACACCUUUACUUUUGCUCACCCAGCUCAUCAGCAGUCACUGUGCCCAGGAUGUGGACUCUUAUCUUGGGGGUCAUCUUUGGAUUACUGGCCUCCUCCGGGUCGGAAUCUCUUCAAGUCACUGUCCGAUCCUGCAGUGUAGCUGGAGUUUUCCGGGCUGAAGGAACCGGCCGUCAUUCUUUGAAAUAUGACAUGGCUAUCAAAGUGUGUGAGCAGCAGAUGAGCACCAUUGUAACUGAAGAACAACUCCAUGAGGCCUAUAAUAAAUCUUUGCAAACCUGCAGAUACGGCUGGAUCAGCAAUGUGAGCAUCGCCAUCAUCAGACAGCAGGCCCAUGAAAAUUGCUCAAAGAGCAUGACUGGUGUAAUUAUUAGUCGACAAAUAGAUCCUAAUGAGCUCUAUGAUGUCUACUGCUAUGAUGAAACUGCUGGACCGAAGAAGAACUGUAGCAAGGCCUUUUCAUUGAAACCCACAGUUGCACCACAUAAGCACACCCGUCCAGAAGAACCAACUAUAAUUCAGGAUUUUGAGGAGAUCACAGACAUGGUUCCAUCAUAUUCCACUCCUACAGAGGAGGCUGUGGCUGAGGGUCCUGAUGUGGAAACAACACCUACUGGAGAGAGUGAGACCAGUGUGGCUCCCACUUCCAUUCCUGCAGGGAUUGACUUUAUUCCUGGAUCAGGGAUGGAGCUACCCGAACAGGACAAUGUCAGUACAACAAUUUCCACGCCAGAGGAAAUGUCAACUCCUCAUAAGGAAGAUAAAGUGGAUCAUGAAGAUUAUGAUCAAACAGAAUCUCCCAAAAACAAUUCUCGGUUCUUCAAACCAAAUGAAGAUGCUAACAAUAAGGGGGGCAGUGAUUCAAACUGGCUGGUUAUUAUAUUAGUGAUUGUGGCAGUUGCUGCUAUUCUUCUUCUGUGUGUAGCUGUUGCCAAAAGAAAAAGCUGGUGCGGGAGGAAACAAACCCUGAUCAUCACAAAAGACAUGGGUGAGGGCAAUGGAGCAGCAGCAGCAUCCGGCUCCCAAAACCAGGAAAUGGUGACCCUCAUGAGCAAGGAGAAGGUCCAGGAGAAUGGCAACACCGAGGAGUUCACCGUCAUCACUCUAGAGGAGUCGUCAGAUAAAGAGCAACUGGCAUGAGGGCGAGUGCAUGCAGGAGGUGGUUGGUUAGACGAGUAAGGAGAUGAUCAGGAUAAAAGAUGGUUGGAGGCGGAGGCUCGAAUUACAGGGGGGUAAAACUGCUUUUGGUAGCAAGUACUGAAGGGUGUUAGAGAGACUGCCUAACUGAGGAUUGGCUGCAGACCAUCUCUUUCAGCAUGUGCAGCAUUUUGUCUGUCUGGUAUGGUAGGUUAGCACAGACUGAAUGUUCCUCAGCAGGGGGUUGGGAAUGUAUUUUCUGUCAGUUCGUUGUAAAUUGAUGAUAAAGCCUCAUUGUCACGAGUGUUUAAGUGUGUAUGUGAAGGGUGAUUUCAAACCGAGAUACUGUUCCCCUUCUUUCAGAUUGGGUGGAUCCUAAAAUUUGCUAUUCAACCUAAAUGGAAAACAUGAAAUAAACAAUGAGAACUGAUUUAUCUUCUUUAAGCUAUAAGUAAAAAUAAUGUUAGGCAAACCCUUUUUUUUUUUUGUCUUAUUGUUAAUGCCUUUCAGACUGGAAUUUGAUUUUCCAUAUUCAAGAAAACUGGGGAUGUCACUACUUUAAAUUAUGCAGCUUUCAUUCCCUUUUUCUUGGCCUCUGUAAAUAAUGUGUAGCUCCAAGUGUUUUUUUUUUGUUUGUUUCUUUGUUUUUUUUGUUUGUUUUGGUUUUUUUUGGUAGGAAGGGCUUCAUAUCUGUUUCAAGGAGCUUUCUGGGGAUUAUUUAAUUAGAAGCUGUACCUCAGAGGUAAACAAUUAUGAACAGAUUUUGCAGUAGUCAAAUUUAGCAUCAAAAUUGAUGCACCACUGAGGUCAGUUAAUAUAAUUUACUGAGUUGCAAAUAUGAGGAUACCUUGAUGUUAUCCUGAGGAUAAAAAUAAUCAUAGUAAAGAUGUAAACAUAUUAUAUACACAGUGUGUACAUUCAUUAGAGCUAAAUGAUGGAGCAAAAGAAAGAACUGGAUUGUAUCUGUAGUAAAUUAAUCAUUUUCAAAUGCCAAAUUUACCCCAUGAGCGACAGGCCUUUGGAUACUGAACCAAAUAGCACAUACAAUAACACGGCAAACUCAUACGCUGAUACUGUAAGCACAAAGCAAUACGAAAGGUUGUUUUUGAAAGAAAAAGACUAAAUCAACAUUUUCUAUGUCUACCCAAUAAGAAAGGGGGUUUGUAAUGAUGACGUUUGCAUGCUUUGCUCAAGCCUCAUGUGCCAGCUGCUCUGUAAAUUCAAACAUGUAAACAAGACGCUGCAUUUUUCUACUCACCUUCUCAAUGCUAAACUAUUUGUUCCUGUGUGUUUUGGGGUUUUUUUUUUGUUUUUUGUUUUUUUGUGUCUGAGUUUUCGCAUAAAGCUGAAUUCUAUACAAUGAAAACAGACUUUUUUCUUUUUUUGGUUCUGAUUUAUUCCUUGCUCUGAAAUGAUUUGUUUUGAAAUAAGUAGCGAAUGUGCUAGAGUAGGCAGGUUUUUAUCACAAAAUUAA